GCAACAGUAGCCCCGCAAACAAACUAGUUUCAAAAUAUUGAUAAAGCGCUCUGCCAUUCAUCACAAUUUUUCACUCUAAAGCAAUGAGCACUCAUACGGGUCGCGCACUGUUGAAUUCCUGCAUCAAAGUGCCCAUAGAUCCGUGCAACAACUGUCCAGCGCCAACAUACAAUCGUCCUAAGCUCUGCAUGGGUAAGCGGACAACAACGAAAGCAACGCGCGCCAAAACUGUGGACACCGAAGUGGAGCAGUCUUGGAACAGCCAGACGGGCAUACGAUCUCUGGCCAAAUUCUACGACAGCAUACCUGACUACUGUGAAGUGAAGCAUCUGCAUAAGGCGGACUUUUAUUCAACGUUAGAAAGCCUGCGCAGCACCAGUCGGGAGUUGCGCGCACUGCCCACCCCACAAACAACAAUUCAACCAAAAGAGCGUUGUGCUAGUGCCAGCGCCAGCAGCACUUCCUGCAAGGGCAAGCAGAGAAAUGGAAAAGGCAAGAAAGCGAAAAAGAAACAAUCGUCGCAGUGCUUGGCACCUAGCAUAAUGCCAUUACCAUUGCCACUGCCAAUUUCUCCACCCACUCAUUGUCCAGCUGUGCCCGAUAUAACGCCUAGCUCCAGGUGCCUGAGCGAGGAGUACGACAAGUGCCUGCGAGACUUGGGACGUCUCAAAAAUUUUAAGGAGGACUUUGCUCUAGAGGUUGCUGACUUUAAGCGUUCGCUAAAGAACUUUGAACUGGAAUUUAAGAGCAAAGGGGAACGACCCAAAUCCACCAGCAGCAGCGGUACACAAACUACCAACGUCACAAAGCAAACACCAGCCACGCAGCCCAAAACACCUGCUAUGCAUACCGCGGAACGUGCCAAAUGCCGCCGUGAACUGCUGCGUAGAUGCUACAGUGUCAACGAUCUGGGACUAACAACGCCUACGCCAGCGACAACGCCCAGGCCACCAACAGCCGUCCAGUUACCAAAGCAUUCAUUAAGCAGCUAUUUUUCUGUAAAGGAUGCACCGCUGGAUGGCAAUGAUGUGCCCAAGAUUAACAUUGAAUCACCAUCGAUUUCUUCCAAGCGCAGUGGUAGUGGCAGUGCAACUUCCGGUUCGAGUCGCUUGCGUAGACGUCGUACCAGAAAGGUUAAAUUAGCUGCGACUAAGACGGAAGAAGAGCAGCCAGUCCAGUUACUCAGCAUCUUUGAGCUAGAGCAGCUUCCAAAGCGAACAGCUAGUGUCUCUCCUCAACAUCCAGUGGCGCGUCCCAAUCUGGCGGCCACACUGCGUGCUGAAGUUUCACGGAAAAAGGUGAAGGAGCUGCAGAACAACUGCACAUAUCAUGAUCCCAGGCCUGCGUUUGACUGGGAAGUGCGCAAGACGCCAGCAUGGAAAUCGUUGUCACUCAAUGAAUCCCACAAGGCGCUGCUGUCCAUACGUCUGGCCACACGCAAGGCGGAGCAGGCGUUGCAAGAACGCCAAUAUGAUCUGCAUAUGCAAAUGAUGCGGCAACGCGUAAAAUCAGCACCACUUUUGCUAGAAGGACCCACCUUCUGGGGUCCCGAGGUAGGCAAACUGAGUCACAGCUGUGGCAGCGAGGGAUUACAGCAUGCCUGUGAAAGCAAUCAACAACGCAGCCACAAGUCACGCAGAUCCAAGUGUAGCGGCAGUCGUUGUGCCACAGCCGCUGCUGAAUCAGAUUCCAAGCUGCAGCAGUUGCGCAAGAUUUAUGGCUCUAGCUUAAGGCAGUCUCACCGCUCGAGCUCACGUCGCAGGGAAACAGAACAGCAGACACCUGAUCCAGAGCAUGACAGUGCCGAUGAGCUAUGCAGCAUGGAUCGCGCCUUUCUUUAGUGCAAUGUUAGUUCAAAUUUACAAUUGUUUUUGGCAUGAGAUUUUUGUUUACAAAUUAAUUAUGUACAUUCCUGGCAUAACAAUU